AUGUACAAUUGGGAAGAGUUGAUGGACUUUACAUUUUUGAAACAGCAUAUCAAGUAUAUUCAUCGUCAAGAUUUUAAUCUUAAAUACUUACUAGAAUCACUUCAAAUUUAUGACGAUAGUGAAGUGUAUAAUGUUACUAGCGAUCUAGCGCAAUAUCAACACCGAUAUUAUGAUGACCCUAAAUCAACAACUACGCUCACUAAAUUUAAAGAACGUGUGAAUUUAAUCGACCUAAGUAAAAGAUCAGAAAAAUUAUUACACUUUGGAAGUGUGUUUUCAUCAACUAGAAUUGUUAAACAAUUACCCAAAAGUCUAAAUUUUUGGAAAAGAUUGAAGACUAAAAUGUUACCAAACAAUCCAACAAUAGUUAAUAUUGCAAAUCGAAUUAUUGACGAACUUGGAGGAUCAAAUAGGUAUGUUGGAGUACAUGCGAG